AUGGUUCUUCCGCAACUUUUCUCUCGUCACAAAUCGAAGAGAUCCAAAUCCAAGCAAAUUCAGCAUCCGGAUCUCUCAACUCUGACUCCGAAUCCGACACCGGUCUCUUCUUCUUCUUCUUCUCCUCCUCCGCCACCUCCUAGAGUCUCUCCGUCGUCGCCUCCAGCCUCUUCUUCUCCCCGUCAUUCUUAUAGUACCCGGAAAAACCCUCCACCCCCUCCACCGUACCAACCCACUGCUGCGGCGACUGCUCCUCCUCAACCGAAUCUUCCACGCAAAUCCUCGACUCGUCCGGCCCACAGUCGGUCGUCGUCCACUCCUUCACACUCCAAAUCCUGUCACCGUCCAACACAUUCCUCUGCUACGGCUAAGGGCAGUUUCUCUUCUUCCGCUUCACGCCCUACUUUCUCCCGUGCUUCGACCGUUCACCGGUUCAAGAAGCACGAUCCCGAUCUUCAUCCGUUAAAUCUUCCCCCCGACGAGCUACGUCGCCUAUCAGCCAUGGCUGCUGCUGCUGACCGGAGCUCGAUGGACAUCGACAGCAAUGACCCUCGUCUGUCGUCGUCCGCUAACGCGGAUUCCUUUAAGUUGGCGGGAAAUAAGUUCUUCAAGGACCGUAAUUAUGCUCGGGCUAUUGAAGAGUUCAGCAAAGCCGUUGAGAUUAACCCUAAUUCUUCCGUGUACCUGUCCAACCGGGCGGCGGCGCACAUGGCCGCCCAUCAGUAUAUAAAUGCUCUCGAAGACUGCGAACGGGCUCUUGAGCUUGAUCCGUCCAACGCUAAGAUUCAGUAUCGUCUGGCCCGUAUCCUCACUAGCCUGGGCCGCCCUUCAGAGGCACUUAAUGUCCUCUCUCGCACGGACCCUCCCGCCUCGGCGACCGACCGUGCGCCUGCUGAGAAGAUGAUUCGUUUCGUGACACAAGCGGAAGAGACCCUGGCUCAGGAACGGGGAGUGUCGAUGGCUCUGUUCUGUCUGGACCAGGCGAGAGCGCUCCUGGGCAAUGGCGUUAAGGAGCCCCGCAAGUGGACCUUGAUGACUGCGGAAGCACAGCUGAAGAUGGCAAACGAGAAUUCGUUUGCAAAGGCACAGGAUAUUGCCAUGAACAUGCUUCGACAAAACAACCAAGAUCCUGAUGCUCUGAUGAUCCGUGCCCGUGCAUUUUACGGUCUGGGAGAGACGGAACAGGCGCUGAAAACUCUUAAAAUCUGUAUCAGCUUGGAUCCUGAUAUGAAGUCGGCUAUCAAACUACUUCGUACCGUUCAGAAGUUGAUGCGCACGAAGGAGGAGGGUAAUAAUGCCUUCAAGGCCAAGGAUUACCGCAAGGCUAUCGACCUCUGGUCGCAGGCUUUGGAGGUAGACCCGACCAACAAGGACAUGAACGCAAAGAUCCUACAGAAUCGUGCCCAGGCACACAUCAACCUGAAGGAAUACGAUAACGCAGUCAACGACUGCACGGAGGCCCUGCGGUUGGAUCCGUCGUAUGUCAAGGCACAGAAGAUACGUGCCAAGGCCCACGGCGGUGCUGGCAACUGGGAAGAAGCAGUGCGCGAUUACAAGGCCGUGGCAGAAUCCAACCCCACCGAAAAGGGUAUCCAGGAAGAGAUUCGCAAGGCCGAAUUUGAGCUCAAGAAGGCCCAGCGGAAGGAUUACUACAAGAUCUUGGGUGUGUCGAAGGAUGCUUCCGACCAUGAGAUCAAGAAGCCUACCGCAAGCUGGCCAUCCAGUACCACCCGGAUAAGAACCGUGAUGAUCCUCAAGGUGAUGAGAAGUUCAAGGAGAUCGGAGAGGCUUAUGAGACCCUGA